AGACAUGGGCAUAGAUGAAGACAACCUCAGGCGCGAAGAGGCCGGAGUGGGAGCCGCCGUUAGACCGAGAAAAUUCGGUUCACCCUCCAAUAAAAAGUUAUCACUUCAAAAAUAGUGAUUUUGUAGUCAUUCAAUCAAAAGGGCCACAUCAUAAGAAUAUGGUGGUGAAAUGUCUUGAGCAGAUUACCAAACAUGCAUACAACUUCACGAAGAUUAACAAAAACUACCAUACAGACUUUCUGUUGACUUAUUUAAUCAAUCAAGAUCUUAGUAUGCCAGGAGCUGAGAUUCAGGAUGAAUUAUUGAAGCUUUUACAUAAAAGCGACAAAUACACCAUUGAGGUACUUCAGUAUGGCCGAACUGAUUUCCAAUCAUAUUUAUCAAACUGCCCAACCGAUGCAUUUGAAAUGCUUAGCCACUCAUCAGAUUGCAUCAGAAAACACGUAAAACAGAUGAAAACCACUGUGUAUUUAAUAGUAAUGGAUGAUGUUGAAAUGAUGAAGAGCAAGCUGGAAAACAUAGCAGAAACGUCCAGUUUCAACAGAGAUGCCCUUUGCAUCAUUUAUUACUCGAAAAUUGGCAACAAAAAUAAUUUUGUCACUGGGGAAAUCAUUUCAUACUUAUAUGAUGUGAUGGUGAUUACAAAGAUUGUGAUAAUGAUGCCGAUUAAUUUGACAACUUUUGAAACAUACAUAUUUAAGAUUGAUAAUCAAAGCGGCAUGAGAUGUUUUUCGAAAUCGGCGUUUAAAAUACAAAAAUCUUAUCAGUGUAAUCAAGGAACUUUAGCAACUAACGGAUCAAAUAUAUUCCAAACGAAAGAACUGAAGAAUUAUCAUCAGUGUUACACGCGCGUUCAUGCUUUGCCAUAUGAGCCAUUCGUUAUUAGUAACCUUUCAGGAAUAGAGACCGAUGUAAUAAACGAAAUUGGAAAAGUCCUCAAUAUUUCCAUUCAUAUUCAGUUAUAUCCAAGUGCCCCAAUGGAUUUGGGUGAAAAGUGUGAUAACGGAAAUUGGACCGGCUUUCUAGCACCCGUUUACGACUCAUGGCAUUUAGGCAUUGGAAAUGUUCCCCCCGAAUCGGAAUAUAUGGAUGACUUUACGUUUACUCUUGACUACAUUAGAGCCAAAAUCGUUUAUGUAGUUCCCAAUGCAAAUUUGGUUCCCAGUUGGCGUACAUUUAUGGUAAUCUUCAAUAUAGAGAUAUGGGGAAUAUGUCUCUUAGCAAUAAUUAGCUUUGCUGUUGCUUUUCGCGUUUUAAAAACCAAAAGCGACGAUCGGUCCUUUAGGACGCUUCAGAAAUGUUUCGCGGUUGCGUUUCAAAUCCUUAUAGCGCAUCCCAUAGAAAAACAACCAAAGUCCGAUUUUACCAGAGUUUACUUCAUUGCAUUAGCCAUGCUAUCGAUAGUGCUGAACUCGGUGUAUACUUCUUCAAUGAUUUAUUUUCUUCAGAAUCCUAUAAGGGAACAUCAAAUAUCAACUGAUAAAGAGAUUGCCAACCAUUUACCACUCGGGAGUUCACCAAAAUAUAAGGAAAUGUUCAAUGGAUCAUCGAACCAGUUUGCGAAAGUAAUGCACGAUUCUUAUAUUACCGUUAAUGAGAGUUUGGAUACCAACAAUUAUUGGAUAGCUAAAGUGGGGAACGAACGGAACAUAUGCACUUUGGGGAUCGAAAUCAAUUUAAACUACCUUCUAUCGAAAAAGAAUCGACUGGUAACUGAUAAAUUUGGCAACGACAAAGUGUUCGUAUUGGAAAAGCCUUUGAGAAGUCAACCGGUGGGCAUUAUAAUGAGAAAAGGUAACUUUUUUCUCGAUAACUUUAAUUCGGUUAUUCAGAAAUUGAUAAUUGAGGCUGGGAUUAUCGAAAAAAUUAAGAGCAAAUAUUUGCAAUCGACUGUCCAUUCUAUGGGAGACCAUGAAAUGUCCGAAAACAAUAACAAUAUGCACAGUUCCAGUAAUUUAGGACAGUCAGCUCUUUCCACUCAUCAUCUCGAAGGAGCUUUUGCCAUAUUAGCUUUAGGGGAAGUUUGCGGGUUUUUAGUGUUUGCUUUUGAAAUUGUUUACUGCCGAGUGUUAGCAAAGAUGAAUACAUAAAUCAUAUAGUAAAAUGUGGAAGAAAUAUUUUAUUUAAGAUUGCUAUUGCACUUAGAGAUUUACUUGGUGCGACGAGUCAUUUGCAUAGUUUUUUCAACAUAUGUGGUCUGGAUUGAUUAAAAACGCUCUCAACCUACUAAUAAAUUGUAUAUACUUUUC